CUCGAGGUAGUAGUGUUCCGAAAUUCAGUCUGGAGAGCGAUGGGGAUGAUAAUGGCGGGGGGGGGGGGGGGGGGGGGGGGGGGGGAGGGGAGGGGGGGGGGGGGGGGGAGGGAGGGAGGAGGGAGGAGAGAGGAGGAGGAGGAGGAGGAGGAGGAGGCGGAGGAGGGGGAGGAGGGAGAGGGAGAGGUUAAGAUAGAACACGGGGAAGACGGCGGAUAUGGAGGGGGCAAAAGAGAGGACGAUGAAGAGGGAGAGGCAAGCGUGAGUGGUCUGCAAGAAGACACGUCGACGACGAGAGAGGAGAGAGAGGGAGAGGGAGAAGGAGAAGAGAGAAGAGAUGAACAGGGAGGGACUAUGGAAAAGGAACACUCGACCGUGGAGAGUAUGCUUCAUUGGGCAAUAGAGCAUUCUGAUCCACAGAAGCUGAAGGACGAAGUGCAAAGGACAAAGAGGUUAACACUCGAAGAGUUGGAGCAGAAACGGAAGGACAUAAGGGAUCUUCUCGAUCAUUUGAGGAUGCCGUCCGAUGCGGAGCUGAUGACGGUGGCAAUCAAGGACUUGCAAAACGAUGCGCUCUCGAAGGAGGAACAUUUGCGCGCCCUUGACGAGCUGCUCAUCCUUGUCGAACCCAUCGAUAAUGCCAACGACUUGCACAAACUGGGUGGGUUGGUCGCUGUCCUGCGGAUGCUCAACAGCAGUCAUUCGGAGGUGCGCGCAACUGCGGCAUGGGUUCUUGGGAAAGCUGCACAGAAUAACCCGCUCGUUCAGUUGCAGAUUCUAGAGCUAGGAGCACUGUCACAUUUGAUGAGAAUGGUCCAAGCUGACGACCGGGAGGAAGCGGUGAAGGCGCUCCACGCAGUGUCAGCUGUUGUUAGGAACCUUGAGGAAGCGCAGACCAUCUUCAUCCGGAACGGAGGGUUGAGAUUACUCCGUAGUCUUCUGAUACAUGAACGCAUGGAUGUGAGGCUUAAGAGAAAGGCCAUUGUCCUCAUUUCCCAGUGGGUUGAGGAAGCUGUGAAAUCCGGCGGCAAGACCGGGUACGUUCCGGACGACGUCCUCUUAGAGGCCAUCGUGCGCCUUUCCGAACAUGUGGAUCUCGACAUGAGAGAGAAGGCACUCUCGACGAUCGCCUUGUUAGUGAAGACGAGUGAGAAAACUCGGGAUUCGUUGCGAGAAGAAUGCGGAGCGGUGGAGGUGAUGGAUAGAUUGAAAAAGCAGCUGCGUCUUCUGGCAGAAGACGCAGAUGAAGAGGGAGCAGAGUAUGUGAUGGGUGUUCUAGAACAGCUUCGGACUGAAAUUGUAGAAGGCCUAGCCACGUCGGAAGAGAAGGAUGAGUUGUGAUGAGGAUAUUCCCUUAGAUUGUAGGCGUUCGAUGGUCCACACUUCUUUUCCACCUUGAUAAUUUUUUGUUGUGCUUUGACUUAGAAAAAAGAGUUUUCUCUCUCUCUCUCCCUCUCUCUCUCUCUCUCUAUCUCUCUCCCACCCUGCUUUCUUCUUUCUCCCUUUCUCCCUCUCUUGCCCUCUUGCUCUCUCUCUAAACACAUCUCCCUCCUUUGUCCUCCCUUCUUCUGUAAUGUUCACCCCUCUCCUCUCCCAGCCCUUGUGCCCUGCUCCUUACGGCCGUCUCUUUCCUGGGAUGGGCCAUCUGCAUUUAAAAAGUGCAAAACACGA